ACUUUUUUUUUUUUUUUUCAAAGUAGCUCGCUAACGUCAGACUAACCCUGCCUACGUUUCAAGCUGUCCACUGCAGGCACAGAUCAUUGUGGGACCAUGUUUUGCUCCGCGGUGCCGUCAUACGGUUAAAUCAGGGAGACGUACGCUUGUUUUUGUGUGCUAGUCGGGAUUUUUCGGAAGAGAAACGCGAGAGCUGACCGGAGGCAAGAUAGCUAAACAUCGAUAUCAACAAGAACAGCAAGGGGCAGGGCAGCUGCACAGGUCUGUCUUUAACGCAGUGUGCUUCUGCUUAACUUUUGCGAAGUUUUUAUUCAUUGCAAUGAUGGUAUUGUUCGUUACAGUGCCACACAAUAAUAGUCAUUUUUUGCCCGUAAUACCUUACUAACGGCACCAUGCUACGACGUCGUUGUAGCUAGCUAGGAAACAAACAGUUGACCCCGUGUAAACAUAACUUAUCCGUCAUGUAGUUUAUAUAAAUACAUUUGUCAGCCUACCUGACUGGUUUCAUUACUGAUCUUCCAGAUUAGAUCCGUUUAUAGUCAUCUGCUCGCGUGGUUUUCCCCAAAUCAUUUCGUCACCCAGAUCCCCAUGCAUCACCCCGCCGCCUCAAGCCGUGAGUUGAGGUUUCUGCCAGCCAUGUAUUCAUUUUCAGGCUCCACAAACCUUCCCGAGAUUGAUCUCGGAAAUCCAAGCACGUCUAGUCACCUACACAGAGCUGCAGUCUCUAACAACUGGGAGACACGAUGCCUCAGGAAGCACAGGCGGAGAGUGGAUGAUGAGGGAUGCAGUGCCAAAAAGAGGAGGUUAAUGUUUGAGGCGGAGGGGGAAAUUUUGGAGAACUCGAGUUCAUCUCAUCGCGACUGGCCAACAGCAAACAGUUGUCCUUCUCUGUCAACGCAGCAAGCCAGCCCUGCACUUCCACAGCCUUGCACGACCCCUCAAGAUGUGACUUUGCCUCAGCCAACCUCUGGCCUGUCACGACCUGAAACUGAGAACUCCUGCAUGGAGAUAGAGGCGGCUCAGAGGAAACUUCAGGAGAUCGAAGACAGAAUAACUCUGGAGGAUGAUGAUGAAGAUGAAGAUCUGGAUGUAGAACCAGCUCAGAGGCGGCCAGUGCUGGUGAUCUCUGACAGUUUGAAGGAGGGUCUACAGCGUGGCAUCAGUGACAUCCUCCCCCACACAGUAGCCCAGUCUGUGAGUCAUUCCUGCAUGGAGUUGGUUCUGUGGCGGCCACCGGACGAUCCCUUCUCUCGGAAGUUGAAGGGGUCAUUACAAAAACAGCGCAAACAACACACAGCAUCUCGGCAUCCCCCAACUCCGUGUCCAUCUCCCUCCCCUCACAGUUCCCUCCGCCCCUCUAGUCCACCUGCCGGCACACGCUCUCCUCUGUACAGUUUUCCUGUGGCCCACAACUCUGGGGAGGAGGACAUGGAGAUGUAAUAGUGCUUAUUUGCUUUAAAAGUCAAGCCAAAGUAAAAAAAAAGAAGAACUGGACGUGUAGUCACGUAAAAGACGAUAAAGGACUUGGACAACUUGAAGCUGGUUGGUUUGUGAAGCUAAAUUGGCUUUAUAUAAAUAUUGUGCUGUUUCAAACAGUUUGUGCAAGAUAUCAUUUACUUUACUGCUCAGUUCAUGUUUUCUGACUGCAAUCCCAGGCCACGAUGUGUAACAUGUAAGCUGACCUAAUUAAACUGUUUAUUAAUGUGAAUUUCCAAGGUCUCUAGACAGGUUGCCUUACAUAUUUUAUAUUAGAAAUCAGACGGCGUGGACAUAAUUUUGCCAAAAUGUGGCAAGCAACAUGCUAAUACAUUGUACUGCUUUGUACCUGAAUUUUUUGAAUACUGGCAUCGUUUACACUUAAGGGUGUUCACUUUUGUUCACAGCAUGACUUCCUGCUUGCAGUUAUACUUUUGAUGGAGCUAUAAUCUUCCUCUAUUGCUUAGCAAGUACACCAUUUGUGAGCUAUGAGGAAAAAUUGCAAAACUUUGAUUGUAUUUUCCUAUGUACAUAAGAAAAACUGCAACCAGCCAUCCAGUAUUAUAAUUGUUUUUUAAUAAACGUACACUGUUCAUGUGGA